AUGCGAAACCUCGAGAUCGACGUUUCAAGUGAUUCAUCAGCCUGUUCUUCCACUCCGUCGUCUCCGGCGUUGUCUCCAAUCAAAGCCCAAAAUUCUUCUUAUGAGGAUGACAAGCUUCGCUAUCCGCGCAAGUACUUCAGCGACAACGCCAUCCUGCGCGGUGGAAGAAAUGAGGAGAUACGCGUCAGCCCUCUCUUCACGCUCGCUGUCCAGCAUGCUUUGAAUAAUACAGCUCUCGAAGGCUCUAUCGCUCCGAAAUGCGGCGGUCGACCUGCGAUCCUAAACGCUGAGCAGCUUUUACCUCAGUAUGGUCUGCUUGGCUUCAACUUCGGCACAGAAACUUCCGGAAUUACGAAAGGCGAACCGGUCUUCAUGAAUGUGGAUGCGCCUAGCUCCACCUUCAUCUGUGGCUCUCAAGGGGCCGGAAAGUCCUACACCCUGAGCACGAUGCUGGAAAAUCUGCUCGUGCCAGACGCGGAGACAGGAAAGCUGCACAUACCGGUUGCGGGCGUUGUCUUCCACUACGACGUGAACUCAUCUAUUUAUACUGCAGAAGCUGCGAGCUUGUGCUCUCUGGGCAUCGAUGUCAAUGUCUUUGUGUCCAAGAGCAACUUCCAUCAUUUGAAGAAUGAGUAUGGGAAGCUGAGCAAUAAUGGCAAGAUCAACGUGCAGCCGCUGCUGCUCGGAUCUUCCGAUCUCAGCGUUGAACGAAUCUUGAAGCUGAUGGCCUUCGAUGAGAAGGAAGGUCCGCUUCCCUUGUACAUGGAGGUUGUUCAACGCUUGCUCAGGGAGAUCAGCAUGAAGGCUGAUCAGAGUGGUAAGCCUCAAAGGCUCAACUACUUUGACUUCAAAGCGCAACUUGAAGCAGAGGAUCUCGCUCCAGCACAGCGGAACAUGCUGAACAUGCGCCUCUCUCUCCUCGAGUCAUUCAUGAAUGUGUCUUCUCCCAGCAGGAAAUCCGGUGCGCGAAGUGAGGUCACCAGCUCGCUACAGAAUCUCAAGCCCGGAUCGCUCACCAUCAUCGAUCUCAGCGAUCCGUUCGUCAAUGCUUCCAGCAGCUGUGCACUCUUCGAGAUCUGUCUGAGCAUCAUGCAGCAGAAUCGGAACGUCGGCCUGGCCAUCGUCCUUGACGAGGCGCACAAAUUCAUGAACAAAUCCGGGGCCGCAGAGUCCUUCACAGAUCGCCUCUUGACCGCCAUUCGCGAGCAGCGCCACAACGGCACCCGGGUCAUCAUCGCGACGCAGGAGCCGACCAUCUCAGAGAAGCUACUGGACUUGUGCUCGACGUCCAUCAUUCAUCGCUUCUCCUCGCCGGCGUGGUUCGAGGCGAUCAGGAAGCAUCCGGCAGCCGCAUCCCGGCAGGUCUCGUCAGACGUCUCGAGCCAUGAAAUGUUCGAUCGCAUCACGGCCCUGGAUACUGGCGAAUCUCUUGUCUUCUCGCCAUCGUCUUUCGUGCUGGUUCGUCAUGGCGAGGCUGCCAAGUUGCGAGCCAAUGUUGUCAAGAUGAAGACACGGGUGCGCCGCAGCAAUGAUGCGGGUAUGAGCCUCUUGGCUUCGCAGCAGGUUCGGGUGGAUGGUUGA